ACACGAAAAAGUGGAUUGGAACGGUUUAGAUAGCCGAUGUCCGAAGGAGGCCACCACGGGGGGAUCGACCCAGAAGAAAACCUGCUUCCACCGUGACACCUGUCUCCCCGUUAUAUACACACAGGCAUCCCAACAAGAACGCAAAAUGAUGACCGAGCCGGCGCUUGUGCAGCGGACAACAGCGACGUUCGCACCGGCGUCUUGCCUCAACUUCAUGGUGUUUGGUGGCCGUGGAGAAAUCGAUGAGAGACGUCUGCAGCGGGCACCACGCCCAAAGCGAGGGAGGAUGGAGGUGCACCGCGACGAACCCCAUGCAGAGGCUCACGGAACAACGUCCAUGGCGCUGUUAUACGCGUCGAACAGACACGCUGCGACAAGGUUCGAACGAUCAGAAUGACACGGUCAACGUGUCGGAGGCAAUGAAGGAGAACGAGUACGCUCGCAAUUUAUUCUUGAACUCGUACAAGUACAGGAAGAGCAUAAUGCGACAAAACACGGCUCACGCUCAUGUCACCAACGAGAAAGCCACGGAGCUGUUGAAACAAGACUGGACUUCAAAGACCGACUAUGAACUGUUGUCUGCUGUUAAAAUGCUUAGCUACAACAUCCGUUACAGCGAUGAAAGGAUCGACUCGCUUCUGUAUGAGAAUGUCUUCACCACGUCACGUGAACGUCAUCAGAAGCUGAGCGAUGAAAAUCUGAUGACGUUAAUGCGGCACCUGGUACCGUUCCGUGAACAUUUCGCACAGCACAUAUUCUACAAGCAGUUUUGCCGUCAACUGAAUCUCGAGUGUGUAAAACGCUUCAUGAAUUUGCCCAUUGACAGGAUGCUCAUGCUUUGCGACAUGCUUCAUGAGAUGACAUACACGCGUGAUUCCGAAUAUAUCUGGCAUUCCAUGAGGAAGAUAGGUAAUAAGCCUGGUAGGCUAGAGCCUCAUCAUCUGGUUCAGGUUCUGUUCUUCCUGAAUGUGUGCAGAAAACCACCUGUCAAUACGUAUGAACUAGAGUAUCGCUUGCAACAAUGCUUUGAUGAUUUGUCUAUCAAUGAGAUAGGUAUAGCAGCAUUGGGUUUCUUCAAGACUGGCUCGCAGAUUAGAAGUACUGAUCUGUUGAGGAGCAUCAUGAAAAAAACUAUAACUAAUAUAAAUGAUAUAGACAAUAUUAGUAUUGGAGCAAUCGCAAAGUUGAUACGAUAUAGUAUGCAACUCACAGAAAUUAACUUGCUAAAAAAAUUGAUAGAUGUUACCAUGUCGAUCGAGUUUCGUUUGACGCUGAUGACUCUGAAUCAUAUCGCGCACGCCAGCACGAGGGUGGCGCUGUAUCACGAAGAGUUGUUCAAUAAAAUAAUCAAAAGGGUAAACAACGAGUUGACGUCCGCGAGAAUAAAGGACUUGGAGAGACUUAUAUUUUUUUGCACCAGUUUUAACAUUGACUCGAGCAACAAGAUCUAUCACAACGUGAUUGAGGAACUGCGAGACUCGUGGUACACGAGAAGAGCGUAUGAGAUAGAUCAAUAUCCACACAUGUUUUCGCGCAUUUUAGGGUAUCUGUCCCUCGUGAAUAUAUAUCCCAAAGAUUUGAUCGAACGCAUCAUGAUGCCUUCGUACAUACACAAAUUGGUCUCUAGAAAGUACUAUCACGUUUCACGGGAAUUCUUCGUGUUGAAUAACAGUCUUCGAGUGGAGGUGCCUGAUUACAAUGGACCGUUUCUUCAACCUUCAUUGCACAAUUACUUGUUAAAAAAAUACUUUCUGAAUUUACAAUCUCCGGAAUCGAGUAAGGGGAAUAUGCUCCUUAUGCACGUAUUGCAAACGUGUCAGGAUAUGUUCAACAACACGUCGGACAUAAUGCUCUUUCAGCCGUUACCGCACUUUAUGAUAUCGAACAUCAUCAUAUGCUUGGAUGAGCAGAAUCAACUCGUACCCGUCAAGGACUAUCUGGCCAAAUUCGAAACUGGAGAAAUUAAAUGGGUGGACAAAAAUCAAGAAAAUAUUAGAUGGAUUGCGCUCAUUAUGGGGCAUCAUGGUGUUCUAAUCAAGGAUACAAAUUUACCCGUCGGCCUCUUAGCCGCAAAGAUGAGGCAGCUGGUUAAAAUCGGAUAUAUACCGGUCGUGGUAUCGUACAUUGAAUGGAAGAAGUGUGAAACACAGGAGCAAAGGCAUGAUUAUAUGAGACAGCUUCUAUUUCAAAAUAAGGCAGUAAACUCAAUCACGAUGUAAUAUAAAAUGUACAUAGAUUAUCAUGUCAUUCGUUCUGUCAUAUAAAUCGGAUCUGUUUAUAAAAGCAACAAAGAAAUAUAGGUCGAUUUUUAAGUACAAUCUUCCUUCAGCGUGUACAUACAAUCAAGAUUUUUUUAUUGCAUACUUUAUAUGCCCUUUAAGAUAUAUUUGC